AUGACCGGUGGCAGCGGCGGCAACUCGGGCAGACCAGGGCGACGAGGCUGCACUGUGGGUGUUCGUGUGCCUGGAGGAAGAAGGUUACGGUCGGACAAUUCCGAGAAUCAGACCUGCCAAUAUGAGAGGUUAAAUGCCCAUGCCAAGGAAGAGAUCGGAUAUGAUUCGUACAUCAGGGCUCAAGAUAUGUGGUUUUGGAUUAUGGUAGGACUCAAGAUAUGUGACCUCCAAGGAAACUGCAAACUCAAGAUAUGUGGUCUUGGACUAGCAAGAUUUGCAUCCAGUGACACCCCUACAACAGUUUUCUGGAUGGAGCAGGACCAUGUCGCCACCUGA